AUGUCGUCCACGCCGCAUCGCACGCCGUCGACCUGCGCCGCGACGCAGCGAGCUCGCGCAAACCCCACUCCCGUCGGCGGCGGGAGUCGGCAUUGGCUGGGCCGCGGCGCGGCAUUGCCGCUGAAUCCGGGAAGUGUCUUGGAGACUCAGCUCAACGCCGCCACCGGCUGUGACGGCGCUUACUGCGGCGUCACCACCUGCGGCGCCACCACGUCACAUCUGGAUGGCGCCACGAGCUGGAGCCCCACGACCACUCUCCACUUCCGCGCCUCCCCUUCCGCCUCCCCUUCCGCCUCCUCUUCCGCCUCCCCUUCCGCCUCCGCAUGCCCGAUGUCUCGUUUCGCCGCUGACCCCAUUCCGCGGCCGUCCAAUUCCAAUUCCAAUUCCAUGCGAUUCAGCGCAAACAACAGAGAGCCGCUCCCCGCGUUUCCCUGCGAAUCUUCCGUUGAAAGCGGAGCGGCUACUAGUGGUACUACUGCGGUAGCUGAUGUGGCACUCCAGGAUUGGAUGAAGGAAGCGGCGUCAAUGGUUCAAAACACUGCCGCCGCACCAAGAGUGCUGGGGCAGAAGCAGCGGCAGCGGCUGAUGCAGCAGUGGUUCGAUGAUGCUCCUCAGAAGCUCCUUUCGCCCGCAUUCCCUCAAGUCAACCGUGCAAGCCAAGUCAACCAAGUCAACGCAGUCAACACAAUCUACGCACAGACGAGAGGAGGUGCAAGUGGGGGAGGUGCUGAUGCAGCCGAGAUCGCUGCCUGCAAGAGCAUCUGGAAGGCUGCGUUCCAGGAUGCUCUGCGGCUCGCCCCCUUUAUUUGGCAAGAGCACGAGCAGCAACAUAAGCAGCAGGUGUAG